GCGGGGGGCCGCGGGUCGGUCCUGCCUCUGGGGUCGGGGCCGGGAGCCCGGCACCCCCAGAGGUGAGCGCGUUGGUGCCGCACCGGCGCCCCCGACCUGGAAGCCUGUGGCGUAGACGCGUUGCCUGCGGCCAGGUGGUGAUGGGAGGAUGGCGAACGACUACUAGCCGCCGGCUGCGAUCCUGCAGCUUGAAGGGAGCAACGACGUCUGAAUGCCAUUCCCGGGGGCUGGCGGGCUGACCAGGCCCACGCCUCCCCCGGGGCUCAGCCUCAGACUCCCAGGCCCAGGUGCCCAUGACGCCUAUGCUGACCGCCGCCUGGACGCUGCCACCGCCGCAAGCUAGCGCCGAUGCCGGUCAUGCCCAUCCCCCGGCGGGUGCGCUCCUUCCACGGCCCGCACACCACCUGCCUGCACGCAGCCUGUGGACCGGCGCGCACCUCCCGCCUGGCCCGCACCAAGUACAACAAUUUCGACGUGUACAUUCGGGCGCGCUGGCUCUACGGCUUCAUCCGCUUCCUGCUGUACUUCAGCUGCAGCCUCUUCACGGCCGCGCUGUGGGGCGCGCUGGCCGCCCUCUUCUGCCUGCAGUACCUGGGCGUGCGCGUCCUGCUGCGCUUCCAGCUCAAGCUGUCGGUGCUGCUGCUGCUGCUCGGCCGCCGGCGCGUGGACUUCCGCCUCCUGAACGAGCUGCUCAUCCAUGGCAUCCACGUGACCAUGCUGCUGGUCGGGGGGCUGGGCUGGUGCUUCAUGGUCUUCGUGGACAUGUGAGGGCCCGGGCCUGGCUCUGGGGUGGAUCAUUGUGACCCGGUGUCGAUGUCCCUGCUGCGUGGUCUUCCUGGCCAAGUCUGGGCCCCUGCCUGAUGCCUCCCUUCC